AUCAACUCCUCUUUCACUAUCGCUGCAACUCGCUCGGUACGGCUCACCAUGAGGCCGCGCAGCCAGAAUGACCUUCUGGGUCGUUUCGCUAUGGUUUAAUUAAACCACACGGGUCAAGAACUCUUGACCUAUAACUGUGCCAAGAUGUCUACUGACAAGAUCACCUUCCUCACCAACUGGCACGCGACCCCGUACCACGCCCCCUUGUACCUCGCCCAGAGCAAGGGCUACUUCAAGGAAGAAGGCCUGAAGGUUGCUCUGCUGGAGCCCAAUGACCCCUCUGAUGUCACUGAGAUCAUUGGUAGUGGCAAGGUGGACAUGGGCUUCAAGGCCAUGAUCCACACGCUGGCUGCCAAGGCUCGUAACUUCCCUGUCACCUCGAUUGGCUCUCUUCUUGAUGAGCCUUUCACCGGUGUAGUGUACCUCAAGGAUAGCGGAAUCACCGAGGACUUCCGCUCCCUGAAGGGCAAGAAGAUUGGGUACGUCGGAGAGUUCGGAAAGAUUCAAAUCGACGAGCUCACCAAGUACUACGGCAUGACUGCGGACGACUACACCGCCGUCCGUUGCGGCAUGAACGUUACCAAGGCCAUCAUCCGUGGUGACAUUGAUGCCGGCAUCGGUCUGGAGAAUGUGCAGAUGGUCGAACUGGCCGAGUGGCUGGCAUCCCAGAACCGUCCCCGUGACGACGUUCAGAUGCUGCGUAUCGACCAGCUCGCCGAGCUUGGCUGCUGCUGCUUCUGCUCUAUCCUCUACAUUGCCAACGAUGCCUUCCUGGCCGCCAAUCCCGAGAAGGUUCACAAGUUCAUGCGCGCUGUCAAGCGUGCAACCGACUACGUCCUCGCGGAGCCUGCAGCCGCUUUCGAAGAAUACGUUGACAUGAAGCCUAUCAUGGGCACCCCUGUCAACCGUAAGAUCUUCGAGCGGUCUUUCGCUUACUUCAGCCGUGACCUGAAGAACGUCAGCCGUGACUGGGCUAAGGUUACCAACUACGGAAAGCGUCUGGGUAUCCUUGACGCCGACUUCCAGCCUAACUACACCAACCAGUACCUCUCCUGGACCUUGGACGAGGAUUCAACCGACCCUCUGGGUGAUCAGAAGCGUAUGGCGGAACUGCAGAAGCAGGUUGCUUGCGAGGGUGGCUUCAAGCGUCUGCAGGUGGCCUCUAGCGCCUAG